CUGCCCCGGCCCUGCCGCGCGCUGGUUUUUGCUGAACCCGCAGAGCGGUGCUGGCCGCGCACGCGAUGACUUCUACGCUGUGGUGCAGCCCAUGCUGGCAGACGCCGACAUCGCCACCACCCUCUUCAUCACUGAAAGACCCCACCACGCACAUGAGAAGGUGCGGGAUGAGGACCUGUCGCAGUGGGACGUGUUGGUGAUCAUGUCUGGAGAUGGGCUGCUGUAUGAGGUGGUGAAUGGGAUCAUGGAGCGGCCGGACUGGGAGGACACAUUGAAGAAGCCACUGUGCAUCUUGCCGGGGGGCUCCGGGAACGCGCUGGCCGCCUCCAUCAACCACUAUGCAGGCAACGAUGACGUCGCCAAGAAGAAGCUGCUGACGAACUGCACAUUCAUCCUGUGCAAGGGCCUGCACACGCAGAUGGACCUGGUCUCGCUGAGCACGGCCUCGGCACACUGGACCGUGGUCCCCGAGGAGGAGUUCGUCUUUGUCUACGCCAUCUACCAGUCCCACCUGGGCACCAACCUGCUGAUGGCUCCAGCAGCCGGGCUGCAUGACGGCUGCAUGCACCUCUUCUACCUGAAGGCCGGCGUCAGCCGUGUGACGCUGCUGAAGCUCUUCCUGGCCAUGGCCAGGGGGACGCACCUGGACUUGAACUGCCCCCACCUGCACUAUGUCCCUGUCCAGGCCUUCCGCCUGGAGCCGUGGGUGGCUGCGGGCAUCAUGACAGUGGAUGGGGGGGGACCCUUUACCCCUUCAGGACAGCCACCAGCGCUGUCCCAAAAAUGA